AUGAAUCCGCAAGUUCAAAUUUCUAACUCUCAACCAACUCUUAUUUCCACCCAUCCUACCACCUUUUUCUUUCGGCCACCAAAUGAUUUUUAUCAUUAUCAUGUUAUUUGUGAGGAAAUCUCAAACGACACUGUUGAGUAUUUAUUAAAUAAAUUAAAUAAAUUAUUAAAAGAAAGUAACGUUCAAUCCAAUGAAAAUGAAUGUAUUUUCUAUUAUCAACAACAAUAUGAUAACCGGAUUUAUCAAGUAUCAUGCGGAAUUGUUUCACCUCUCGUGAUUAAUAAUUGUUUAAGUAAAAAUUUUCUCGGAAUUGAAUUUCAACAAAACAUGGAACAAGAGCAUUUAAUGUUGACUUUAGGUCAAAAAGAGUAUCUUGAACGUCAUUUGAAGAAAUAUUUAAGUCAAUACGUAUUAGAAAUUAAAAAUUAA